AUGUCCUUAGCUGAAGAGUCACGCCUAAGGCACUUUAUCAUCAACCUUAGGGAAGACCUCUUCCUCCAAUGGGACGGCCAACGUGACAAGCCAACCCACACCACCGAAGUCAUCGACGAGCUCAUCCGUCUCGAGGGUGUCCUCGCUACACGCAAGGCCAUCAAUGCUAAACGUUUCAAACCCCGCUCCUACCCCUCGCAGUCGUCCAGAACCAAUCCAAGACUGAACGCAGUCGCCUCUCCUGCAGCAGCAGGAACCUUACCACCUAAGCGCGACUCCCCACAUUGGUCUGAAUGGUGUAAGAACAACAAGGCAUGCUUCCGUUGUGGCAGUAAGGCCCAUCGCAAGAUGGAAUGCCCGCAACAGACGCAAUCCCGCAAUCACCGACGACCAACGAACAAGGGGAACAGCACGGCUGGUCCUUCUUCCUCGUCUUCGAAGUUGAACCUCAUUAAGGGCUCAGUCCUUAAUAAGUAUAAGGAUGUCUUCCGAGAAGAACUCAAGCCGGGCUUACCACCAGAAAGGCAGAUCGCCCACGCAAUCGACACAGGAGAUACUAAGCCAAUUAACGUGAACGCAUACCCCCUUUCGGUGACACACAUGGACGAGUUGAAACGCCAACUUCACAUCCUUUUGGAAGCUGGGCUCAUCCGUCCCUCCGCAAGCCCUUGGGGCUUCCCUGUUCUCUUCGUUAAGAAGGCUAACGGGACCUGGAGAAUGUGCGUCGACUUCCGUAUGUUGAACAAGGACACCGUUAAGAACACCUAUCCCCUCCCAAGGAUAGACGCCUUAUUCGAUUAUAUUGGCCAGGCUAAGUAUCUCUCCAAAUUCGAUCUCCUCUCCGGUUUCUGGCAGGUACGCAUGGCUGAGGACUCGAUCUCCAAGACGGCGUUCAACACCCAAUGGGGAAAAUUCGAGUUCCUCGCCAUGCCCUUCGGCCUAACUAACGCCCCAGCAACUUUCCAAGCUAUGAUGAAUCAGGUAUUGGAAGGUUAUAAUGGUACCUUCUGCGUUGUCUACCUUGACGAUGUCCUCAUCUUCUCCAACACCCUCGACGAGCACAUAGACCACAUCGACAAAGUCCUUUCUCGACUCAAGGACAACGAGCUCGCUGUCAAACCAUCCAAAUGUGCGAUCGCGGCCGAAGAGCUCGACUUCUGUGGCUAUGUCGUCGGGAAAGGAGAACUGCGCCCCAUGCCAAUGAAACUCGACGCAAUCCGAGAGUGGCCACGACCAGUCAACGUCUAUCAAAUUCGCCAACUCCUCGGACUCGCUGAGUACUACCGACGCUGCAUCAAGGACCUCUCAAAGAUCGUGGCACCCUUGUCAGAAAUGAUUAAGACAACCGAUGAAGCACUAAGGAAGAAGCGAUAUAGACCAAUACAGUGGAACGCGUCGUGUGAGCAAGCUUUCCUUGAAUUGAAAGAGACACUGACCACGGACCCCGUUGUGCGACAGCCCCGCAGACAUGAGCCUUACGUCAUCGAGACCGACGCGUCGGAGUGGGCCUUAGGAUGCGUCUUACUCCAAAAGGAUCCUAAGGACGGCCUCUUACACCCGGUUGCAUAUGACGGAAGACUACCCAAGACGCCAAACGGCAACUGUUGGAUAAUCACUGCAAUCGAUUAUGCUACCGGUUGGCCUCUUGCCAAAGCCCUCCCCGAUGCGACAGCUGAGACGACAGCGAACUUCAUCUAUAAUGAGAUCUACCUACCUUACGGCGCCCCAAAAGAGAUCCUUACCGACAACGGUACGAACUUACUCUCGAAGGCCGUUAAACACCUCGUCGACCAACUUCACACCGUCCACCAUGUCACCACCCCAGCACACCCACGAACGAAUGGAAAAGUCGAGAACCUUAACGGCACUCUUGGAUCCAUCCUUACAAAACUCCUUCUCGGUAAGCCCACCAGACUGUGGGACGAGUACCUAGGGCAGGCGCUAUUCGCCGCUAGAGUACGAACCCACGCAGUGGCAAAAAGAAGCCCAUUUUACCUCCUAUACGGCAUACAGCCUCACCUUCUAGGAGAUGACGACAACCCCGAUUCCAACAGCGACAUCAUGGGAUCAGCCUUUGACCGACUAAGCCAAGUCCGUCACGCUAGAUCUCAUGCGAACGAACUACUCUUGAAUCAUGCGCUCCGCUCCAGACGCAUUCUUGAUACAAAGACGAAGUUAACCAGCUUCCAACCCGGCGAUUGGGUCUUAGUCCGACAUGAGACUAAGGAGAAAUUUGAGCCACAGUGGUUUGGUCCUUUCAAGGUCCUUACUGCUCAUCCCUUGGGCACAUACGCGUUACAAGAGCCCCAAGGACGAGUGAUGAAAAAUCUGGUUAAUGGAGCACGGUUGGUGAAAGCCAACGUCGACAAUCCUGAACAAUUGUGGUCCUCUUCGCAGUUCUCGCGUGCUUUGCGACGCCGCGGCAUGACGCUUAGAGACCCUCAGGACUUGCAUAUCAUCCUCGAGAGCGUUGAGGCAGAUGUCCUCUCAUACGCUACCAUGUCAACUACCUCCCACAAAGAAUGGGAGCAGAAAUGGGGUAAGUUGACACCCCCUCGUGGCGAAUUUCCUCCCGCGAGAGGCUCAACCUUACAACCCAACCCAAUACUCGUACCACCUACUCAACCGGUACAUUUCCCCAAUCCUAGCAAUCCCACUCAUAACGACGACGAUGAUGCUACCAUCAUCGCUUCCGACACAGAAGAUUAA